AAUAAUGGCAACAAAAAAAAUGGCGCUGACAAAUUGAAACGGCACGACAACGCAACGCAUUGUUAUUUUCCUGUGUUUUAAACAUAGUAUUUUCACAUUACACCUAUUUUCUGCGAAUUCACAAUGCAUAACUCCUGUCAUAAGUGUUAGCCGAAUAAUGGAAUGAUUCGCAAAAAACAAGAAGUUCUUAUAAAUUAUUCCAAGUGUCAUUCAAUUUUGUAUUUUUUCUCGAACACUUCUCGCUUGAAUCUAAUCAAUCAAAAACCUGAACUGCAUUUUAUUUCGUGUUUCGUGUAUACUCUCAAUUUGUAGACUGGAUAUCCUCUUCACUUGACUAUUUGAUUUGAAGUAUCAUCUAGUGUAACUCUGUUUGAUGCCUUGCAUCCAUCACGGCUUCUAGAAGAACCGAAGAAUUUGGCCAUCAAGAAUUAGAAAAACGAUACAGGAUGCCAGCUGCAAGUUUUGGAUCAGUGGCACCCAUACCAGCUAAUGAAGAGUGUGGCAUCAAAGAUGUGUGGAACCACAAUCUUUAUGAAGAAUUUCAAAUUAUAAGACAGGUGGUGCAAAAAUAUCAUUGGGUUGCAAUGGACACAGAGUUUCCUGGGGUGGUGGCGCGGCCCAUCGGAGAAUUUAGAUCUACUGCUGAUUACCAGUACCAACUUCUCAGGUGCAAUGUGGAUCUACUUAGAAUAAUUCAAUUGGGAUUAACAUUCAUGGAUGAGAAUGGUAAAACACCACCAGGAUACACUACAUGGCAAUUUAACUUCAAAUUCAAUUUGCAGGAGGAUAUGUAUGCCCAAGACUCAAUCGACUUGCUACAGAACUCUGGGUUGCAGUUCAGGAAACAUGAAGAAGAUGGCAUUGAGCCCUUGGAGUUUGCCGAACUACUAAUGUCUUCAGGUAUUGUGCUAAUGGAUAACAUAAAAUGGUUGAGCUUCCAUUCCGGCUAUGACUUCGGCUACCUUCUGAAGUUGCUGACAGACUCACACCUGCCACAAGACGAGAAUGAUUUCUUUGAAAGUUUACGGAUGUACUUCCCAACUGUAUACGAUGUAAAGUACCUGAUGAAGCUGUGCAAGAACCUGAAGGGCGGGCUGCAGGAGGUGGCGGACCAGCUGGAGCUGCGGCGCGUGGGUCCGCAGCACCAGGCCGGCUCCGACUCGCACCUCACCGGGAUGGCCUUCUUCAAGAUUAAGGAGAUAUUCUUCGACGACAACAUCGAGAGCUCGAGCGGCCACCUGUACGGGCUCGGCGCUCCGUUCCCCGUCGCCGUCAACAGCUUCACGGACAACGGGGAGAACGGCAACUCGUCGUGAUCGGCCGAGCCCGGCGCCCGCCUCACCGAUUGAACCACCGUACCUGACUGACACGCCGCCUGCUACUUACCUACACCCCAUUUGAAACUGUACAGAGGGUCGUGAAACUGAGGGCCAAGUGUGAGACGUUUGAUAGACUAGCAGACGUGUUUUGUUUCUUCCGUUCGUGCAGUCAUAGUUCGACGUUUGAAAGACUAGCGGAAGUCUUUUGUUUCUUCAUCCGUGCAGUGAUAGCUCGACUUUUCAUACAACUCGAUUCGUGAUUUAAAUCGCACUCGUCGCUUUGACUCCUGGAUUGCGGCGAGUCCAUUAAAAACUCACACUUUGUCCUUAGAAAAAACGAUUGCGCUCUUAAUUUUUUUACGAAGUGCGCAAGGCGCUUUUGUGGCAUUUUUAAAGAGGCAGGCAGGCGUCUUGGGACAGUGAACAUUGCGGAAGUGUCAAGUGAUACCAAUCGAUACAUUAGUUUCGUGUUUUGCAUCAAUCACUCAUUUUGAGUAUUAAAUUACACUAGUGUUUGGUGCUUCAUACAAUUUACAAUAAAUAAGGACUAUAUCUAUGUAAAUAUUAUAAAAAUGCAAGAUUUUGUAUCAUUAGUAAAAUCAUGAAAUGAAAGUUACUAAUCUAGAUCUAAGCUGUCAUUGUGAUUAUCUAGUUCAUAAAGUUUCUUUUUAAAUUACGGUUAUGUAGCAAUUUAUAAAUAAUACCAAUAUGUAUCAAUAUUGUAGAAUUUCAUUGACAUAAAAUACAAUACAUUUUAUGAAGCAUCAAAUACUGUGUAACUUCCUUGAAUCUACGAAAGUGCAGUUGUUUAAGGUUUUAUAAUUAUUAUAUUCUUAACAAUGACUUAUUUAUAGUUUUCUUUCUUCUCAUCAAUCAUUCAAUAUAAUAAUUGACUAGGUUAUCUAUUUAACACAGGUAGUAAAUUUUAGAACAAGGUUUAAAAAUAACAAUCCAGAUGUCGGAUUAAAAUUUAUCUUUCUCGGUCCUUAAAUCACAUGUGAUAAACAAUAGCUUAGCUGCUGUUGUAAUUACAUAAAUAUAUAGUAGUAAAAAAAACAAGUCACUAUAAGUAGAUUUUGUAUAGGAUCAUGAUUAGUAUUGAUUAGGAAGCAUGCAUGCAGUGCAGUUAGAUGCCAGGUGUAAAGUGUGCUUUACAAAUAUUGGUCACCUGUGAGGUGAGACAUCCAUAUUCCAAAUGUUCUCUAAUGGAUGUUUUGCUCAAAUGUUGUAAUAUAAUAAUUUUAAGGAAUGUAUCAUGCAUAUUGCUAUUACAGCCUAUUGAACUUCAUGCAUUAAUGUGAAUAUGGAUUAAAUGUAUUUUUUAUUCGUAAAA